CUGAGACACAACGAGAAAGACAUAAGACUUAGUGUUAAAAGCAAUAUUGAGAAAAGGAGGCAUUCAAAUUAAAAACUGUGCAACCUUUCUUCUGUUCUUUCUUUGAUCAAUUUAGGAGUAGAUAAUCUGCAAACCUUUAUUGACAAACUGACGAUACUUCAAGAGGGUCCUGGAGAAAUACUCCAGAUUCAAGGGGUUCAAGACUUUUUACAGUUGAAUUCAUUUUAUGGGAUUGCUCAGAAUCAAAGCUUAAAUUUGAAGUGGUUUUAACUUCUUUAUGAAAGUAUAAGUCACUCUUUCACCAUGAGGCAUGUGUAUCUACUGAUCCUGGUUCUUUUAUUUGCCCUGAUGGAAAAGAUGCUGAUGAAUAAAAAUCAAUGCUCCCAAGGAUAUAGAACAAAUAAAGCUAAAAAAUGUGUAGAUGAGGAUGAGUGUGAUUUUGAAACUCCAAUUUGUGGACAAAAUGCUAAUUGCACAAACACAAAUGGCAGCUACUACUGUGAAUGUAAAGAAGGGUUUGAGCCAAAAGGCCAAUUCAAACAAGAGAAUGAGACUACAUGCAGAGACAAGGAUGAAUGUAAAGAUGAUCCAGGUCUUUGUGGAACAAAUGCAACAUGCCAUAAUACCCCUGGCAGUUUCAAAUGCACAUGUGCUGCAGGCUUCAGAUUGAAGUCAGGGGAAACUAAUUUCACAGAACUAAAGGAGAACUGUCAAAGUGUAUGCAUCCUUGAUAAAAUCAUCUGUGGAGGAGGAGACUGCCAGAAUGGACAUGAAUGCAAGUGCAAUGCGGGAUUCACCAACUAUGGUCACAAGACUAUGAAUUGCACAGAGCUUAACUGUGACACAUUAAUGACUAAGAGCAAUACAUCACAGGUAUCUCCAAAGCUAACAAAAAUCGUCUCUUUGAUGAGAAACAGCUGUUUGGUACUGGCGUCUGCCAGGAAGGAAGAUUAUGAACAAGUUGACGGAGAAAGUCUUUUAGAGAAACUUCUGGAUGCCCUGGAUAACCUGCUUCAUGAUGGGUUCCAACCUGAUAAUAAUAUGGUUUCAGUGAUCUUUGAUAUUGUGGAAAGUGCAUUAACACUGAUCGGACCUUUUCUAAAAAACUCCCAGACCCAAAGGUCAUCCAAAAAAACAGAGGUGGAGCUGUUGGUAAAGAGAGGCAGUUCUCAACCUGAGGGUCCCUUCGUGAUAUCCACCAACACCACGCGAUUUUCAUCCCACUGGGACACAGCAACAGGCAACAAUUAUCUAGGCUUUACAACUGCAGCUCUCCUCAGCUACAAAAGUCUUGAAAAAUCUCUCAACAGAUUUUUUGGCUAUAUAGAGGGACCAGAAAACAAACAUUUCAAGAUUAAUUCCAGAAUAGUAACUGCCAUUGUUAGCAACAAAGAAACAGGCCAUCUGGAGAAACCAGUAAUUGUCACAUUCUCUCACUUGAAGCACACAAACGAGAAACACACCUGUGUGUUUUGGGACCCUUCACAGCAAGGUGGUGCGUGGUCCACAAGUGGCUGCACUACCGUGAACUCUAGUGAGGUUCAGACGGUCUGUUCCUGUAAUCACCUCAGCAGCUUUGCAGUACUGAUGGCACUCUAUGACAUUGGGGAUGUUUAUGAGCUGCGUCUGAUCACAUUGGUGGGACUGUCGCUGUCACUGGUCUGCCUUCUCAUCUGCAUUGCAACAUUUUAUUUUGUGCGCUCUAUCCAGAGCACAUGCAACACCAUCCACCUGCACCUUUGCAUCAGCCUCUUCAUCGCUUACCUUGUCUUUCUUGUGGGGAUCACCCGCACAGACAAUAAGGUGGGCUGCUCAAUCAUUGCAGGCGUGCUGCAUUACUUAUUUCUAGCUGCGUUCUGUUGGAUGUGUCUAGAGGGAGUGCAGCUCUUCCGUAUGGUGGUGCUGGUCUUCAACACAACUCUGAGACCACUCUAUAUGUUUGCAGCUGGUUAUGGAGUUCCCGCUGUUAUUGUGGCUGUUUCAGCUGCAGUGUCUGCAGACGGAUAUGGCACGGACAGAUACUGUUGGCUGAACUUUGAAGAUGGCAUAAUCUGGAGCUUCUAUGGGCCAGUGUGUGUGAUAAUUAUUGUUAAUGUGUUCUUCUUCCUCAUAACUAUAUGGAAGUUGGCAGAGAAAUUUUCCUCCCUCAACCCAGACUUAGACAAUCUACAGAAAAUCAAGACAUUUAUAAUCACUGCGAUUGCUCAAUUGUGUGUCCUCGGCAUCAUGUGGGUCUUUGGCUGUUUUCAGUUUGAUGAGAGCAUGCUGGCUAUGUCAUACAUCUUCACUAUACUAAGCAGUCUGCAAGGGGUGCUGAUGGUCAUCAUGCAUUGCUGGCUUUCGAAGCAAGUAAGAGAUGAGUAUGCCAAAUUCCUGUCAUGUAUCUGUCCACAACAGAAGAGGAAAUACUCAGAGUCAAGCUCAAACCAAACAAGCAAAUCCCAGGCAGCUAAGAGCAUUCAGCACACAGGCGAAUCCCACAUUUAGGAGAUCAUGUCAACAGACCAUUGACAGUUUUGCAAGUUUGUAUGCAACAUUCUAUUUCUAUAUCUGCUUUUAUAUAGAAAUGGUUAUAUUCUGUGUUAACUCUUUACAUUAAUGUUCCUUUUGUUAAGAGAUGAUAAAGGUGUUUUAUUCAUUAAUAAUAAUUAAUUUAUUAGUGCAUUCUAAAUCAUUGAAAUGUGGCUAUAACAACAUCAUAAAAAGAGUGACUUUCAUGCAAUACCUGCCAAACAGUCAGCCCCUUUACCUCACACGUUACAAAUGAUUAACGACACUUGUUCAACAAUAAUAAUUUAUCAAAUGUAGGACUAGGUAAAACAAUUAUUUUUCUGGACAUCAAUGUGCCAAAGAAAGUGGCAACACAAGUGAGUCAAGACAUUACAUGAAUUAAUAUAAACAGACUGUAGUAAAGUGACAAUCCCUAUUUUAAUCUCACUAAUCUAUUUUAUUACAUUGUGACAAAUCAUGAAAUAGGGAUUUAUUAUUUUUUUAAUAAGUAUGGAUAGAUGUAUUUAUUUAGCAUUUAUAGCAUGCAAGUUUAAAUGAUCACUAGGCAAGUAUUGAAAAGUUCUGUUGCUAUAACUGCAGAUAAAUGAUUUAUAAUGCAUGUGUUAAUGACUUAUUUAUUUAGGAACCCCAUUAUAAAUACUGUAUUUAUAUCUCAAAAAAUAAGUUUGUUGGUUUUGAAAUUUGUAUGUUGCACCAAGUAAAUGUUUUGUUUUGUUCAUAUUGUGCUGGCUGAUAUGAAACAUUAUUAAAUGUUAGGACUGUAGAACAUAUCUCAUUUUAGUUAUCUGCUAGGACACCUGUUUAAAAUUGAAGUGAACUGAGUUUAUACAUAAAAGGUCAAGUUGGUCUCAUAGUAAAACAAUUGCUGGCUGGAAAAGGUCUAGCAUGAUGUGUUUGCAGUUGCCACUUUCUUUGACAUUUUGUACAUAAUGCAACGACUUUCAUACAUUUUUAAGAGGCUUAAGUAUACAAAUACUUAUUUCCUCCACUGCAGCUGUUUGUAAGAUAAUGUUGCAAGGUAAGACAACUUGAUGUAUAUUUAUUUUUGUUUUUAAAAAACAUGAAAACAGUGAUUUUGGAAUAUUUUUUUUAAUUUAUGGACCGUUCAUAUAUUACCUGUAUGGUAGAUGCUGGCCACAAAGAAGGACUUUGGGCCAUAUUUAUGUGUGUGUAUAUGUACUUGUUCAUUUUUUGUUUGUUCUUUAAAAAAUUAAUCUGCUAAAAUAUUAAAGCUGAGCUUUAAUGCAUUUUUUAUUUCCUGAAGUGUUCCUGUAGCUCAACUGGUAGAAUGGCACCAACACCAAGGUCAUGGGUUUGAAUCCCGGGAAACAUAUACAAUGUAUACCUUGAAUGCACUGUAAGAUGCUUUUACAAAAGACCUUAUUCACAGAAGCGCCAUCUUUGAUUUUUGUUGGGAAUGAGAACGAGGUGGCGAGGGAUAGCUUAUCAUCUCUUCAAUGGCACGCAAGGAAUAAACCUGUUAAAAGCUCCUAGAUCUCAACUGAUUUCCCACAACACAAGUUUUUUGUCAUAGUCUUGGAAAGAUGAUUUUUUCAGAAUUAUCAAAAAACCCUUUAAACUGCAGGAAAACACACUGAAGCGACUGUGCAUCUGUUCCUCAUAGCCUCGUUGUCAUUCCAGUCAAAAAGAUGGUGCUGCUGUGAUGGUCUAUUAAGUGAAUAAGUGUAAACGCAUUUCAAACCGGUUGUUUUCUAAAUGAAUUCAAUUUUCUAAAGUGUUUUUAACAAAGGUCAAACAAUCUAAUCUUUAAAACUUAACAUUACUGAGGUCACUGAUCAUUUUGCACAUGUAAUUACCUACCUGUAAUUUGACUAGCCUGCCUGCCACUAUUAAAUGUUAUUUUGUUAUUAUUUUAUUUAAUCUUUUGAUGUUGCAGGGUUUUGAUAUUAAAAUGUUUA